UGCGCGUAAAACUUAACCUUGAAUUCUACAUCAUAUUAGGACGUUUAAGAUAUGAAAAAAUGUUCGGCAAAUUGAUUUCGGGCAUAUUUCAAUCCUUGCCACAGGCUUCAAACCAACUUUUGUCGACCGUGACUGCAACAUCCGUGUGGAGCCCAUGGGGUUUAACAUUUGUGAGAAACAGAAUGAGAUAUCACUUUCCUCAUCCUAAUGAAAGGAAACGAAUAAAAAAGCAUGGCUGGUUUGCAAGGCUAUCGACACCAAAUGGUAGAAAAAUUCUUCAAAGAAGAAUCUUAAAAGGCAAACAUGUGCUAUCUCAUUAAUCAUUAUGUUAUCUAUCUGAUUGAUUAAAUGUAUGAAAAUGUACGCAAAGAAAUAAAUGUUUUCAAUUUAAUUAAAAUC